GAUGUGGGCUGAUCAUUAGCAGACCAACAACUUUGUCCACCACAAUUAAAUUAGAAUUAAAGAGAACAGCGAAAAGAUCAAACCAGUAAGGACGCGUGCUUUCCAGAGGCUGUUCUCUUGAUGCUUCCAAAUAAAACGCACCCGAGCGUGAGGGACUAUCCGCGCUGUUGUUUCAACCAUGACAUUAAGUUUUUCGUCCUUCUCCAUCAAAUCCAUCCUCAGCGGACGUAACUCUCGGGGAAAGCUCGGCACCGGGAGCGCAGAGGAGCAGUGCGGAGCAAAGCGCAACAUCUGCAGCGCGCAAAAUGGCACCAGAGUCCCGGAUCUGUGUCGCCAAGACGCGGAGGAGAGCCGCAUCCUGCCGGGAAGACUUCCUCCGGAUCUCAGGCUGCCUUCUGGAAACCUCCGAGCUGAGACCUACAGCGAGGAGGCCACGGGAGAGGAAAGGGAGCUCACAGAAGGCUUUACGCACCAGCAGCCCUGCUCCGUGGACCCGGGUGAGCGGCACAAUGAAGAGGCGGAGGCAGAAGAGGAUGGAUGUCACCACAGCGAGGGGAUGGUCAGCAGCUCAUCCGACGAGCGACAGUGCCGGCCCGGCACAAAGAAGCGCUCCAGGGCGGCCUUCUCUCACGCACAGGUUUACGAGCUGGAGCGCCGCUUCAACGCGCAGCGGUACCUCUCCGGUCCCGAGCGGGCCGAUCUGGCUGUGGCUCUGAAACUCACUGAGACCCAGGUGAAAAUCUGGUUCCAGAACCGGAGAUACAAAACCAAACGGCGCCAGAUGGCGGCCGAGCUGGCGGCAUGCAGCUCACCUAAGAAAGUGGCUGUGAAAGUGCUGGUGAGGGACAAUCUUAACCAGUACCACCACCAUGUGAAUGGAGUACACAUCCCAGUGACUGUGCCACUGUACCAGGCCCACCAGUACUACCCUUACCUGCAGUACUACAGUCAGCCCUGGAGCAUGAACAGCAUGUCCUGUAGAGGGAUGAUGAUCUGAAGCUUCCUCUUUACUUUGGACUUCAACAUGCAUCGCUUCAAAUAUAAGACUUCUGACUUUUUAGUAGCUGUGGGCAGCUUUUUCUUCAGUUAAUGCAGGGUGCAACACUGGGGAGGUUUUUGAUCAAUUAAUAUUUUUCUUCAAACUGAUUUUCUCCCGAAAUAUAAAGGAUUUUUAAUCAUGA